AGGUUUGGCGAAAGUGUGUUGUUAACCAUCCAGGAAAAAGAAGGGGGGUAAAAAGUUUUUUUUUAGGAAAGGUGUAGGGAGGGCGGGUGAAGUGGUCCGGUCGAGUGUGUGCGUUCGGCUCGGAGGGGGGGGGGGGGGCGACGACGACGGGAGACCUUCCCACUUUGCACGUUGGCGGGCGAGCAGGCAGGCAGAACAGUGACAGGAGGAAACGAGAGUGAAGAAGCAACGACAACAAGUUGGACACUUGACGCAUUGUUUGCUUGCCCCCCUCCACCCCCCCAAAACCCCACCACCGCUCCUCACACGCACCGAUAAUCGAUCCCCAAACUGGACUGAUCUUCGCCGGCGGAGUCUGUGUGGAGCAUGCGGCUCGCUUCUGUCUUCAGGCUGUUUGUGCUGUGGGCUUUUGUGGAGGUCGCGACCUCUGUGACCAAGCCGGCCAAGAGGAAGGUACCCGGACGGAGGUCCAGGCAAGUGUUGGAGGCGGAGCCUGUGGAAGGGGUGUGGUCUGUGUGGGCGGAGUGGUCCUCUUGCUCCCAGUCAUGUGGAGUGGGUGUGUCGCAGAGAAGCAGGAAGUGUCUGCCGCCUCCGCCCAGCCCGCCCUCCGUCUCCUACCCGUCAACCAACUGGGGCGGGUAUCUCCCGGGCGGCGGUGGCGGCGGGCAUCCCUUCCACCCUUCCCGUCAACUCCCACCCAAUCGCCGGGCACCCGAUCCCAACCAGGGGCUGUCGCUUUACCGGAAUACCCCGCCAGGAAGCGACCGUCCGGCGGCGGCUUUCUACCAAGCGGAGUACCCCGCCACCGGUGGUAACCGCGUGUCCGUGUACCGGCCGCCUUACCGCGCGGCCUCGCGUGCCUACGAGCAGCAGCAGCAGCGCAGCGUGAGGAGGCCCGGGGGCCCCACGGCGCUGCGGGCGGGCGCAGGAGGCGGCAGGAGGUCGGCCGGCGCCGCUCGAGAGGGUUUUCCUGUCAGGAGGUCUUCAGCCAUCCGUCCGGGUCAGUUUGGCUACGGAAAAGUCCCCUUCUCUUUGCCUUUGCACCGGCCUAGUCGCCAGGCUCGUCACACGGCCAACGGCACCACCUGGGAUACGCCGGCGCCCAAACUGUCCGCCGAUGAAGAGGAAGAGGACGCGACCAGCGCCGCUCCCGCCACGACUGCCACGCCCCAAUCGCCUGCCAAAAGCGAGCACAGGAGGGUCCGAGUGCCACCCUCUCCUCCUCACUUCCUGACGCAUUCUCCCUCUUCAUCAGUCCCGGCCGGUCACCGCCACUUCGACUGGCGCACUGUCACGGCUCCGCCGCCGCCCGGCUCGCUUCCCUCGCGGCCGGGCGCCGCCUCGUUUGCCUACGCCUCCCCUCUUCACCGGCCCAUGCACAGGGAAAGGACGGCCCACCCGGGAUUCGGAGCCCAGGUGCCACAAGCUGGCAACGCGUAUCCGCUUCAGCACCCCCACGGACCACACGUGGGGGACGAGGCGGGUCUCGGAGGACGGAGGACAACAGCGCACAACUACCAAUGCGCCGGUCCCAAGCAGGAAUAUCGCAGGUGCUUCUCACAGGUGUGCGCCGGAGCCCCGCUGGAUUCCAGAGCCGAGCAGUGCGCCGCCUUCAACGCCAAAGAGUUCAUGGAUCGUCUCUACGACUGGGAGCCUUUCACCGAGGGUGAGGACACACUGAGCGGGCGUCGCCCAACCGUCGGUCUUUAGCUACUACCAAGUAAUAACGUUACUAUUGAGUUUUACUCCCGACAUUCAAAACCGAUACACUGUACUCAUUACUUUGUCAA